CAGGGUAGGAUCCACUCUACAUCAAUUAUUUGUAAUACAGAAGAUGGCAGAAAGGGUAACAAACUAUCAAGCUACCCCAGAGGGUCUGGGCAAUGGCAAGUGGUCACUUAAUUAAAAACAAUGUAAAAAGAUUGAAUGUGUGGUUUGCUCUUAGAAGUGCUUAGGAUUUUUCUCCCAGAGCUCUGCCAUAGAGACCCACAGUACAAGAAGAGGCUCCCUGAUCUCUUCAGACUGAAAAAUUAAGGUCUUACCAUGUUUUAACUGCCUAUCACUUCUAGUGUUAGAAUUCCCCAGGCAGAAAUUCCAAGUGGUUUAACCUGUCACUAAUUUAUUUGGGGGCAUCCCUUCAUGCCUAGUCCCAUAUAAAUUUAAUUCUCAUUUAAGUUUGAAUUAAAAAAAAACUGAAUACAAAUUAAUUUUCUGUCCAGAUUUCUACCGAGAAAGUCUUUCUAGAGGUAAGUAGAGAUGCCCUUCGUGCUGUAAUUUUUAAGAUUUUUGUCAUCCUUUUCUGGGGCUCAGUUGGGAAGUGGGAAAAAGGAGAGGGGCAGCUGGAACACUUGGUUGGAGGGUUCUCAAGCUUCAGGAGGGCUCAGAUUUUGGCCUAUUUUCAGUGGAAAACCUAUGCAGUGGAGCAAUAUGAGUUUCAGGAUUCUAGAUCCUCUAAUAUCUUUUUUUUCAGUUGUAUUGACUAAUUAUAAAGGUCAUUCCAAGUCACUCUUUUAGUAGUAGUAGUUUUCUUUUGUAAAUUCUUAGUCAAACUCCUUCUGCUUAUGGUGUGACUCUUUUUCCAGAGAAAGCAGUGAUGUUUAAAGAAAAAAAAAGUUAUUUAAGCUAUUCAGGUGUGGUGGUGGCACUGGGACAUCUGUUUAAAUACCCACAUUAUUUUAAUAUAAUUGUUUUGUGGGUGGGUCACCUUUGGAAAAUAUUUUAUUAUAGCUUUAUAGUCUAUACUUAACAACCUGCUUCAUGAUAAGUUGACAUGUCCUUUGUAAUUUCUACAUUUUGAAAUUGUACUUUUUCAUGCAUUUUACACCUAGUUUGUGUAAAAUAGAAAUAUUUCACACUCCAAUGCAGUGUUAUCUUCUUUUGGUCAGUUCUGAAAUAUCCUUAUAUCCAUAUAUCUAUAUCGAAUCUGUUUUAAAUUUUAUUACCCAGUUUUACUUGCCAUUCCUGUUCACUUGCACGCAGAAUUUAGUUUUUAUUCUGGAAACCCUUAAGUAAAAAGUAACAACUGUAAAAAUAUAGGUGAAGGUUGCUAUACUAAUAAUGUAGAUUUUUUAUUCAUUUCUUUAUCCCAAAGUUCACCACAAGAUCUUAGCAAAAAUCUCUUGACCUUAAUCUGAGGGCUGAAGCAAGGAGCCAAUGGUGAGGGGCUUUGAAAGCUGCCAGCUGCCCAGGCCUCAGUGAAGUCCUCAGAGGGGUGCUGCCUUUCCUGUUCUCUCCAGCAAGCCUCCUACUCCAACAAAAAUUCCUGGUAGCUAAGCAGCAGCCAGACAGCUUCUAACCACCAGGGAAGAAAGGAGUUUUCUGAAUAGAUGGAAUUUCAGUAAGCGGAUCAAAUCCAGCAAAAAGACUGACAGACUGGAGAAGCUUGACUUUUAAAGAUACUUCCCAACAUUCUUAUGUAAAGGUGUGGCAAAGAGAUAAGGAAUAGAAUUCCAUCUUUAUCCGUAAAGAGAAAAGAGAAGGAAUCAGUGACAGACCACCAGAGGAGCUGGAAAACUACCUCCUAACUCACUGUGGGCACUUGACAAUUUGACUGAGGCUGGAGACUAGCCAUUGUGGCCACAGAGCAGGAAGGAAGUCCCCUGCCCUCGCCAGAAGGCCAGCUGACUCUCAUCUUCGAGGCAAAGGCAGGUAGUCUUAUGUGAUUCCCCCCAUCAGGGUGAAAGGAGAAGUUGCAAUCUGAGAAUUAAGACUCGUUCUGAUACCAUCUGGUUUGGGGGCACACCAACUAGCGUGCUCUGUCUUUCCUUCAGGCCGAUACCAUCAUGCAUCCGUGGGUAGCCAUCCUGGGCCUCAUACUCCUUCUGACAGAUGGUGUAACGUCUUACCCACGAGUGACUGGAGUGGAGGGUCAGUCUGUCAGGCUACCCUGCACCUAUGGUGGAGAAGUCACGAGCAUGUGCUGGGGCCAAGGGGCAUGUCCUUUAACUCGCUGUGGAAGUGACAUUAUCUGGACUAAUGGAUACAGUGUCACCUUUCAGAAGGACAAACGUUAUAAGCUAAACGGAAACAUUGGUGAAGGGGAUGUGUCUUUGACCAUAGAGAAUGCAGCCCAGGCUGACAGUGGCUUGUAUUGUUGCCGUGUUGAGAAGAAAGGGUGGUUCAAUGAUAUAAAAAUCACCCUAGACUUGAGUAUAAAGCCAGCUCCACCUACCACAACAGUAAUGACCACUAUUACUCCACCAAUGACCACUGCUACUACUACUCCACCAACUACCACCACUACUACUCCACCACCAACUACCACCACUACUACUCCACCACCAAUGACGACCACUACUGCUCCACCACCAACUACCACCACUAAUACUACUCCAACAACAACAAUCACCAUUACUACUCCACCAACUACCACUACUACUACUCCACCACCAAUGACGACCACUACUGCUCUACCAACAACGAUGGUCACCACUGCUCCAACAACAACGAGGGCCUCUACCUCUGCUCUUCCAGUGCCAGCACCCACAGAGAACCUCCAGCCAGUAGCUUCUUUAUCUUCUCCUACGCAGAGAGCGGAAACCCAGCCUACCACACAGCAAGAAACAAAUAUAACCGGCUCCCCAUCGCACUCUUGCUCAACAGAUGGGUAUGGCACUGUGACCCAGUCUCCAGAUGCCCUUUGGCAUAACAAUCAAACUCUUGUGACGCUGGCACAAGAUCCAUGGAUGAGCACCAAUAAGGGAGUCUACAUUGGAGUCUGUGUUACUGCCUUGGUAUCAUUGCUCACAUUUUUGGUUUUCAUGAUUAGCAAAAGAUAUUUUUGCCUGAGUAGCAAGGUGGAGCUACUACGUGUGAUUCCGUUGAGGGACUCUCACAUUGGAGCUUUGAAAAAUGCAGCUCUGAAGCCUGUCCGAGCAGAAGACAAUAUCUACAUUAUUGAUGACCUUCAUUAAGUCAUGGAUCCAGUGGCCUUCUAAGGCGUUAUGCCCUUGACUGUGGAAGACAGUGACCAGAUAUCACUGUGCCAGAGUCCCUUCAUGAAGCAGGACAAUUUUUCCGUCAGUUUCCCAUGGCAUUCCAACCAGUCGGUGAUAUUGGGUAGAGUGAGUGUAGCUCAUCUGUGUACCGUCAACCUCUGUAACAUUGUCCUAAUUUUUUAUACUAAAACUGGUUCAAUCUUUCUGGUCAUUGCAGAGCUCUCUCCAAAACAUGAAAUUUAUUCCUUAGAAUUGUACAUUCUCUUUAGACCCUAUGAAUCCUGUUUUCUAUCAAGAAUUCUCCUUGGGGAGACAGAAUAAACACUACUACCUCAGUUACCAAAGCUGUCAAGAAGAGCUGAAUACUACUUAAAAUCAGCAAAUCCAAUUUGGGACUUAAAGGACUUAACUUGGAAGCAUUUCAUGAUUGUCUUUUUUUUUUAAUCAAGUAACUUCAAAUGUUAUAUUCCUUAGGGCCCCCAAGGGUUUCAAAUCAUGGGAGUGUACAGGUUUUUAUUUACACAAUGGGAAAAUGUGAGUGUGAUUUUGCCAUUAUAGGUAGAUCUGGUUUCUCAGGGCUCUGGAAAUAGAAUUGCUUUCCCUGGGACCAGGAUGGGUAUUUUAACAGUUAGAAGAAGCUAGCGUAGUGAGUGGACCAUGGAGACACCAGGGGAAGAAAAUCAAUUGCCACAUGAUUUAUGCUGUUUCUGCUACAUUGGUGCCACAGUUCUAGGCACUUAUGCAGACAACUGGCAGACUCUCUGAUGUAAUUUUUAGAAUGAGGCAGGGUGGAAAUAAAAGGAAAAAAGAGGGGGAGGGAGUAGUAAAAGAGGCUUUCUGACUUAGAAAAGCUAGUUUGCAAACAUAAUAGUGUUGUUUGAGAGUGUUACCAGUUUCAACCGAAAUGCUAAAUUGUCCUCGAACCACUAUGAUUUUUAAAAUUGUUUUGGAAGGAUAAAGGGUCUUUUUCAUAUUGAAUCAAUUCCUGUGUUAUAUCUUUUUCACAGCUCAAUUAAAUUUUUGGUUUUUCCAGAAGAGUUAGAGAAAGGCUAACGGUAAGGAUAUUUUUAAUCACUAGGAGCAUUUCUACAUGAACAGUUAACAAGACUGGAAAUUAAUUUCAAUUUGAGCAAACCCUGAAACAACUCAUGCUUGAGUUAUUUGGGAGGUGUUCAGAGCUACUCUCACCAAAGUUGUCCAUGAGGGCUGGAUGCUCGUUUUUGAAGGCAGUGUUUUUGACACUUCUGCGGAGUUCUGGGAAAUUAACAGGACCUCUGAAUAAAGGUUAUGGGGCAAAGAAGAUUGCUAAACAUUGUAUACUAGUUUUCACAAGUGGGACCAGGCUGAUCUAGUUUAAAAAAUUAUAUUCCAACUACAGGGAUUUUUUUUUUU